UAUGAAGUUGAAUACGAAUCUAGGGCGCUAAAUACUGAAAGCAUAGAUUGAGGCUGCCAUUUCCCAGACCAGUGUUGUUCAGAUCUGAGUAGAAUCGUCCCACCACUUCACAAACUAAAAUGGGUAAAAAAGGAGCAAAGAAACAAAAGACUGAAGUUGCUACACCAAAGGGCAAAAAAGCAACUCCAACCAAAGCAGUACAAGAAGACAGUGAUGAUUCUUCAGAAGAAGAGGAAAUUGAACAGAAGCCUGUACAGAAAAAGCCUGUUAAAGUAAAAGCAGUAAAGAAAGCAGAUUCUGAUGAUAGUGAGGAGGAAAUGGAAGUUGAGAAACCUGCAAAGAAAACUGCUAAGGUUGUACCACAGCCUGAAAGUGAUAGUUCUGAAGAAGAAAGUGAAGAGGAAGAAGUGGCUCCACCUCCAAAACAAUCGAAGGAUAAAGCCAAACAGAAAAAAAAUGAAAAGGCCGGUGAUGCAAAUAAAAAAAUGAAAAAGGCUCAAAAGGCUGCGUUGAAAGAGAAAAACGCUAAAAAGAAACAGGCUAAGGAAAGUGACAGUGACGAUAGUGAGGAUGACGAUGAUGAAGAAGAAGAGAAACCAGUGCCUGCUAAAGGUAAAGCUGCUAAUGGACAAAAGGCCAAAAAACCACAGGAUUCAGAUGAUGAUGAUGACGACGAUGAUGAUGAAGAUGAUGAUGAAGAAGAGGAAACACCUGCACCAGCUAAGAGAAAGAUUGACCAAAAACAAACAAAACAAGACAAAUCAUCCAAAAAGCCCAAGUUAGAUGAAUCUGCUGUAAAUGGAGAUUCAGAGACAGUGACACUUUUUGUCGGAAAUGUUGGCAAGAAUACAUCUGAGGAUGAGAUCACAAAUUUUUUCACAGACAAUGAUGUCAAAGUUGCUGCAGUGAGGAAGCAACAAGGCAAAGGGACUGCAUUUGUUGAUCUUGAGGAUGCUAGUGAGCUAGACGCAGCUCUGGCUUUAAGUGGAAGUGACAUUAGUGGGAAUAGCAUUACAGUUGAAAAAGCUAAACCUAGAGGAGUUAAAGAGCCACAAAACAAAUCAUUUAGCGGUGGUGACAGUGGCGACAAGGACACCAGGACACUUUUUGUUAAAAAUUUACCAGAGGAUGCCACAGUUGAAAGCUUACAAGAAAUAUUUGACUCAGCUUCAGACAUCAGGAUACCACAGAGAGAUGGUUAUCACAAAGGAUUUUGUUUUGUAGAAUUUGCUGAUAGUGAAGCGUUAGAGGCAGCUAUGUCAGAAAAGCAAGGUGCAGAAUUGAAUGGCAGUUCCUUGUAUUUGGAUUAUAUGGGAGCCAAAAGUUCAUUCAAGAGAGGAGGCAGGGGUGGUGGUGACAGAGGAGGCAGGGGUGGUGGUGACAGACGUGGAGGAAGGGGAGGAAACUCUGGUUUGAGAGGAGAAUCCAAGGUUUUGUUUGUAAAGAAUCUCAGUUAUGACACAGAUGAGGGUUCUCUAACAGCAGCAUUUGAUGGAGCAGUGUCAGCAAGAAUUCCAACUUUCCCAGACUCCGGAAAACCUAAAGGGUUUGCUUUUGUGGAUUUUAAAUCUGCUGAGGCAGCUGCUGAAGCUUUUGAUUCAAUGAAUGGACAAGCCAUUGAUGGCAGACAAGUAACUUUAGAUUUUGCCGCUGAUAAAGGAAGUGGUGGUGGCGGCGGUGGUUAUGGAAGCCCACGUGGUGGAAGAGGUGGUGGUCGUGGAUUUGGUGGAGGUAGAGGUUUUGGAGGAGGCAGAGGAUUUGGAGGCAGGGGUAGGGGUGGUGAUAGAGGACGUGGUGGACGAGGAGGUUUUAACAAAGCACGAGGUGGUAUUGUCAGGAGUGAAGGAAAAAAGACAUCUUUUGAUGAUUCCGACUAGAUUUUAUUGUUGGGGGGAUGGGGUGGGGCAUGGGAUGGGAACUGAUGGGCAGGGCUGGGAUGGGGGAGGGAAAGAUGUUUUUUUAAACAUGAGAUGAAAUAUCGCUGUGUUCAUGUGUAUUCAAUCAUUGUAAAGCUUUUUGUUCUCUAUUUUAGAAUGUUAAUGUCUCCAUUAAACUUUUAUCUCAAAUGAAU